AUGGCCGACAGAGAACGAAAAUCCGAAGAAAAGGACAGCAAUUCGACUAGUUCUACACGUGGAGACCCAAAGAGAAAGAGGCCAGAAAUACCCAGUUCCGAUCUUCCUGAUGAAGCAGCUACAAAGGAGGUCGAAGACAGGUCGCCUUCGCGAAAAAAGACAAUUGUAGCAGUGGCAUCUGAAGAAAUAGAACGCAAACGAAAACACCAUGAGGAUGAAGGUGCUCCUGGUCACAUUCAAUCCAAUAAUACUACAAAACGGGUAUUUGGAGAUAUGGAAACAUCGCCAGUGAAUGGGUCAAUCAAGUCAGAUACACCAAUCUCACCACCACCAAAACCAGUAUUUGGUGGAUUCGGUGGCGGCACUUCCAAACCAACAGGAUUCGGUGAUCUGGCAGGUCCAAAGACAUCAUUUGGUGACAUUCUAGGCAAAGCUUCGUCAACCGCUAUACCCGCUCCUUCAACAACCACUACCACGAAAGAUAAUGAUAAUACCACUCCAAUGCUAUCCACAUCUCCCGCACGAGUUCAAAUGGAACGUCUGGAAGUCUCGUCGCAGUUUUCUCCACGGUCCUUGUUUCCACCAGCAACACCCUCUACAAAACCUAUACCAACAGCCGAUGAUUCAAAGGAACCAACCACCCACAAGUCUCAAGACGACGAACAACAACCAGUAGUCAUAAAUGAUAGCAAGAACACGAGCGAAUCAGAACCAAAACCAGUGACAGAAGAUGAACACGUAACAAGCACCACAACUCAUAAUAACGAUAAUAGUCAACCACCCAAAGCAGGAUUUGCCGUAUUGGCAGAAAAGCCUCCAUCAUCAUCUAUAUCACCACCACGACUCGGGUUCUCGACUGGAUUACUGGCAGGACGUACAGCAGAAAAGGACGCAAGCGGUGUAUUCGGAUCAGGCACAUCGGGACUCUCAGCAUUUUCAUCCACUACAACAACAGCAGGAACCUCAUCUUCUACGACUAAUAAUACAGUGUUUGGUGGAGGAGCCAAAACUGGAUUUGGUGGUACCAGUAGUAGUGGUGGUGGUGGCGGUGGAUUUAGCUCCUUUUCUUCUUCUUUAGCAACAUCAGGAACUCCGUCUUCCUUCCAAACAUUGUUACAGUCUUCAUCCUUCGUCAAAUCAUCAUCAACAACAGCAGCCGCCAAGAAACGAGAUGAUGAUGAAGAGGAUGGAAGAGGGGCUGGUAGUAGUAGUAAAGCAGGUGCUGGUGGUGAUGACGAUGACGAGAAUUUGGAAGAGGAGGAGGUAGCAGUUGAAGUGGAUCCAAAUGCUCCAGCUGCAAACCUUACGCCAGUGCAAGUUGAGACAGGGGAAGAGGAUGAAAUCACUGUGUUUUCAGCCAAGGGCAAACUCUUCAACUUUGACAAGACCAAAAAUGACUGGAAUGAACGAGGAGCCGGUACAUUGCACCUGAAUCAAAGCAAGCGAGACAAGAAUGAUUCCAGAUUGGUGAUGCGAGGUGAAAAGACGUUGCGUCUCAUGCUGAAUAUCCGCGUUGUCCAUGGUGUGACCUGUAAAAGGCCUGGAGACAAGUUUGUUGAGUUUGUGGGUAUUGAAGGGGCAGAUGCGAAAUCCGUCACACGUUUCCUCGUCAAGAUGACAAAGGACAAUGCGAGCUCGUUGGAAAGCGUGUUGAAUGAAAAAGCUGAAUGA